AUGUCAUCUAUCUAUCUAUCUAUCUAUCUAUCUAUCUAUCUAUCUAUCUAUCUAUCUAUCUAUCUAUCUCUUUUGUUAACCAUCUAUCUAUCUUUUCAUAACCAUCUAUCUAUGUCUUUUCAUAACCAUCUAUCUCUCUAUCACAGUCUGUUCACUAUCUAUCUAUUCCAUUCGGUUCAUUAUCUAUCUAUCUAUCUAUCUAUCUUCUAUCUAUCUAUCUAUCUAUCUAUUAUCUCAUAUUUCAUAUCUAUCUAUCUAUCUAUCUAUCCCAUUCUUUUAUUAUCUAUCUAUUUUAUCUAUCUAUCUAUCUAUCUAUCUAUCUAUCUUUUCAUAACUAUCUAUCUACCUAUGCAUAUUGACAUCUAUCUACACGACAACGUAUCCAUCGUACCCUGUACAUACAUCAGUCUGUUCAUAUUUACCCAACUCUCUCUAUACAUCUUUUCAUAUUUCCCUCUCCCUAUCUCUCUUCCUCUUCACCUAAUCUAUCUAUCUAUCUAUCUAUCUAUCUAUGGUAGUCGUUCCAUAUCUAUCUAUCUAUCUAUCUAUCUAUCUAUCUAUCUAUCUAUCUAUCUAUCUAUGGUAGUCGUUCCAUAUCUAUCUAUCUAUCUAUCUAUCUAUCUAUCUAUCUAUCUAUCUAUCGUAGUCGUUCCAUAUCUAUCUAUCUAUCUAUCUAUCUAUCUAUCUAUCUAUCUAUCUAUCUAUCUAUCUGUCGCAUUGAUCACUAGGUCUCAGCACAUAUUAUUUCCAGACAUAUUCUUUCUAGACAUAUUGUUUCCAGACAUAUUCUUUCUAGGCAUAUUCUUUCCAAACAUAUUCUUUCCAGACAUAUUCUUUCUAGACCUACUCUUUUCAGACAUAUUUUCCCAGACAUAUUCUUUCUACACAUAUUCUUCCCUGAAAUAUUCUUUCCCGACAUAUUCUUCCUGGACAUAUUUUCUAGACAUAUACUUUCUAAACAUUCUUUCUAGACACAUUCUUUCCAUACAUAUUCUUUCUAGGUAUAUUCUUUCCAGACAUUCUUCUUUCUAG